UUCUACGGUAACUUGGGUCCCAGUGCCACGGAAGCAGAUUUGUUCAAGUACUUCUCGACCUUCGGUGCCAUCACGGAUGUGGUGAUAAUUCGCAAACCGCAGGGUCAAUCGUGCUGUUUUGGCUUUGUUGAGUUUGAGUCUGAACUGGCGAUUAAGGAUGAUCUUGUUGGAUGCUCUCACUUCAUUGGUGGAAACCAAGUGAAGGUAAACAUGGCCUCGGUGCGAGGCAACCGUGGCCAAAAAGGGUAG